GUCACGAGAAGAAAUUCUGUUGCUCUGGUGCUGCUCAUAAUGUGCGACAAUCACAAUAAGACACACACAUUAUAGAAUUUUCUCUCGAAAUCGACGUUUGUGCGUUUGCACUUUCUCUAUCGUUGCUUGCCUGCAAAAAUUGGCAGGAGGUGGUAUAAAGGGCUAAGGCACGGGAAGGGCGCUCAUUUGACGGCUGUCGUUAACAAGAUGAGUUUUAUUUUAUUUGUUUGAAACAGAAGAGUUCUAGUGAAAUUUAGAAUUAUGGCACAGAGGGCCUUCCUGUGGGUCUUCGCCGCCCUUUUAUAUAUUAAGGAGGCCACAGCAGCCCAGCAAGGCUUUUUGGCUCAUUACGCUAGCGGCAAUGGAGAAGAGUCAAAACCACCACCACAGCCGUUUGAGACCAACUCUAUACCCUCGCAGCUUUCAAACCUUCCGACUGAUCAUCCCCUACAUCCUGACCCUGAAAUUGUAGCCGCUCCCACAGAAACUAUCAAAACGUAUUGGCCAAAUAAAAUUCGAUUCCACGGACACCAUCAUGUCAGGCCUUUGAAGAAAAUUCACAAAGUCAAGCCUUCAAAAUUUCCUCCGAUUCCUCCGUUUAUAAGCGACGAAAUGACCCAAGCCAUAUUCCUUGAUAGUCCUCCUAUGGGUUCAGGCGCCCCACCGAGCAAUUUCGUUUAUCCCAGCGUGGGCAGGAAAAGCAAGGGCAGAAGAAAAGAGCAACCUCCCAGUCCUCCUCCCCUUGAACCUACAGCCGACCCUUCCUCGUCAAGCACAUCCACACUCGACCCUGACACCACCACUUAUCUCCUGAAUAGCACACUAGUUGACUUGACAGGUGACAACACCACAGGUGGACCACAGCCCGCAUUCAAAGAUGCUGCCAGUGUUCCUUCCGAGGGUGGCCUACUCGACUACUUAACUCCUCCACCUGAAGGUGCAUUCAGUGAAUAUUCAGCUUAUAGCGUCGAUAUUACAAAAAAGCCACCCUUCAAAAUUCUCCGCCUUGGAGGCAGGUCAAAAAAAGGUCCGAAGGCCCGUCUGAGAGGACCCUCAGGCCCCAAUCUCCUUUUUGGGGAAUCUCAAAGGAGUCAAGUGUAUAAAAUGGCACCAUUUGGUCACUUAAAUCCACUGCCUGGUCCAUACAAGCCAAUUCCGCCUGCUCAGGGUGGUUUUAUGAGGUAUCUGUUCCCCUCGCCCGACUUUGGUCCUUCAACGCCAUUCCCAAUUUUUUCACCCUAUUUCGGAGAAAGCAAUGAACUGCAAAGGCCACUGUUCAAAAUUGCCGGAAGUAAGAAAAAGAAGCAGCUACACUCUCCUCCUCCUUUCGGACAUCCCUAUGCAGGUUCAAAUUUCUUCAAUUACAACACUCUCCAACCAACAACUUCUACGGUGAUUGUUCCCGCCGAUCAAGGCUGGGUGCCAAUAAUAAAUCCCAAUCGGCCCUUCCAGGGCCUGCCGCUCACUACCACACCCAUACCUUUUACAUCAUUUAGUCCUGCAGCGACUUUUGCUCACGCUUUCCCUUUCACAAGCAGCUCCUUGACGCCACCUCAUUCAAAUAAUCAACCUCGCCCGGUCUUCCUCUCACCCCAAACGACAAAAUCUGAACCUCAAACCACAACACUUCCCUCGCCCUCUUCCUCUUCCACUAUUUAUUCUCCCAACCAACAGCAAAACACAAAUAGUCCUCCAUCGACAAGACCGACCCCUCAUCAACACAAGGCUGCAGCUUCAUCAACAAACGUGGAAGUUGUUCCUUCCAUAGAAACUCCGCCAAUUACUACCCAGAGUAAUAAUCCCAUCUCUGAAUUCAACGCAGAAUAUUUUUUGCAGCAGGCGCUGGCUCAGGUGAGACACCAGCAGCAGCAGGACUUCCUGUUUCCCCCUAACGCAAAUCAGCAGCAGAAAAAUCAACAUCAACAACAAAGUAAUCAACAGCAGAAUAAUAAGCGCUCUCAACAGUCUACCCGCCGGGCCUUUGUGAGUGACUCGGACGAGGACGAAGUGAUUUACCAAAAUCCUGUGCAUGGGGUGUACAGGGACCCAUAUGUGACAAUUCACUACCCUGUCGAAUCGGCUUAUUUCCGCCCUAGCGAAGAUGCUAUGGCACAUUCGUCCGAGAUGCAACCAACGCCGUCCUACUACGACUUCCACUUAAAUAAUAUCCCAACUUCAGAGCCGCCCCAGCCGACAGAGGCAAAAAAAUUCCACUACAUGAUCUCGGCUGUAAAACCAAAGGUGGUGCAUGAAAAGGACCGCGCCACCAGGGUCAGAUUGCCACAAAGAAAAGAGAAAUCACUUGAAAUAUUAAGUUCUGCUUCAACAAAGGAUCCAUUUGUGAUUUAUCCGGAGGAAAGAACUCCGAAUCUAGAUGAGCUACUUGCCACCAGUUACGUCACACCAAGGACCCUUCGAGGGCUUCGUUUGGGCCCGAAUCAGGAGAGUGAAGCCAACACUAAUCAAGUACCAGUGAAAAGGGACAUAAAAAAUGCUAAUGAGGGACAAGCUAAUGUGGAAGUGAUGAAAUCGCAAGGAGGGCUGCUACAAGAAGAAAUUGUUCACUACCAUUCUCCUGUCAAAGCCGAUGGCCAAUUUUUGUAACUUAUCUAAUUUUCGUAUUUAUGUUUGUGUUUUGUGUAAAUAAAUUCUUGAUUUAGU